GUCAGAGUGAGACCUCGCUGUAUGUAUCUGCUCUCUGUCUCCAUCUGUCUGCAUGGCACUGAUUAUCAGAGUUGUUGCAAAACCGUCUCCUAGAUUCUGCAGGAGGUUGUUUGCAGCUGAGCGGUGGUGGAUCCAUUCUCUGAGAGGAAGUGAAGCAGCUGGAAAAAAACACUGUUCAUCAUUCUCACACUCAGCUACAGCGUCCAUGAUGAGUAAGAAGCUGCUUCUGGAUGUGGACUGUGGGGUGGAUGAUGCUCAGGCCAUCAUGUUGGCGCUGGCCGCCCCAAACGUGGAGGUCCUUGGCGUCACCUGUGUGCAUGGAAACACCACGGUGGAGAAUGUGUGCAAGAACACACUGCGAGUUCUGCAAGCAUGCAAUAAACUGGAGAUUCCAGUGUUUAAAGGGGCAGAUAAGCCGAUCCUUGGGAACAGCCUGAGUGCCGGACACUUCCACGGGGAGGACGGGCUGGGAGACUCUCCGGACCCCAACGCCCCGGGUCUGGAUCUGCUGCAGGAGGAGGGCGCGGUGUCCGCCAUGAUCCGGAUCGUCAAGGAGAACCCAGGACAGGUGACUCUCGUUGCCACGGCUCCCCUCACUAACCUGGCUCUGGCUGUGAGGCUGGAUCCAUCUCUGCCCAGUAAACUCAGAGCGCUCUACAUCAUGGGAGGCAACACUGAAUCUCGAGGAAACACGACAGUGUGUGGCGAGUUUAAUUUUGCUGCUGAUCCAGAAGCUGCAUACAUCGUGCUGAACGACUACCACUGUCCCAUCUACCUGGCCUGCUGGGAGUUCACCUGCUACAGCAAGCUGUCCUGGGAGUUUUGCGACGCCUGGUUGGCGCAGGACACCGAUAAAGCUCGCUUCAUGGCCCGGAUCUUCCGGCAUAGCAUCGAGGCGUCUAAAAGCGAGCGCAUUCAGAAAGAGUUUGUCGCCGGAACAGGUUUCAUUUCCUGUGACUCGUACGCCAUGGCAGCCGCCGUGGACGAUUCGUUCAUCACAGAGAGCGACCAUUACCCGGUGAGCGUGGAGCUGACGGGCACACACACCAGAGGCAUGAUGAUCAUGGAUACUGUGGGCUUCCUGAAGAAGGAACGCAAGGCUUGCAUCAUGAAGAAGGUGGAUAUGGAGAAGUUCAAGCAGAUGCUGAUAGCUGCUUUAAAAUAACACCUUUAAACACUAUAGGUCACCUUGUCCGUCCACACAUUUUGGCUCAUUUCUCUAUUUGUGUUCUUAGUAAUAAAGGCAAUAUAUUGUGUAUAAACUUGUGCGACUAACAACAAACUGUGACUUUGCAUUGUCUCUAGCAGCAAGGAUGUAACACUCAUUUUGUACCGUGCAAUUUUAAUGUUUAAGACACACUACUAAGGCUUAAAACAUUUAGAAAAUAUAUAAUUGUGAUUAUUUUUGGCUGAUAUUGCAAUAUGAAUAUAGGAAUGAGAUUCUAAUUUUCAUCACAAAAGAACUAUGGUGUGAAUUUUGCAGCGAUCGGUACAAAACAGCUUUUCAGCACUACAGUAUUUAAAAUAUUGAUACACAUUUCCCCCGAUCAAAUAUUGGCUACAGUGUGAUUUGUCUAACAUGUCCAUGAGUUGUUCAGGCCACUUUCUACCUCAAUUGUAAGACAGUUGCAAUUGUAAUUGCAUAUACAUGGUAUUUCAGAUGAGUUAUUAAAAUUUGAAUAAAAACUCUUAA